AUGCAAGAGGCAUCUCCAUUCUCUUCACUUGAGCACGCAACUUCAUUCGCUCAAGAUUUAUGGUUCAAAAAUUUGCCUAUUAGAGCACGAUUGGAUGCAUUCUCUGCACACAGGCACAUAGGUGAUGCUAUUAGUAAGGCGCCUACUGAACUAAUAUCAGAUCUAUGUCAAUUCAGAGCAAAGUACCGGAAGAAAUUUGGCUUCAAAUUCUUAACAACUACAGAUGCUAGACAUUCCCAUAAAAUACUAGAGGAGGUCAAGGCCCGAUGCGAGAACAAUCUCUUGGUUGAACUGGAGUUUGCGGCCCAAGAGGAAUUCUAUCUCAUAGAAAGAGGACUCACGAAACUUUGGGAACGAUUAUCUCAAGAGAAGCUUCAAGAGGAAAUAGAAGAUUUAUGGGAGAUAGUUCAAGACUCACAGAAAGAAGAAGUCGUGCCAAGCAACAGUUCCGAUGAGGUUGUUUGGACCGGUCACAAUGCUACCAUGAGAGAUUAUGACCUCAAUAAAACACCAGACGAGAAUCAGAUGAUUUGA